GAUUGAUAUUCCCCCAGUUGUUACAUAAUUGUGCAACUUAUAAACGCCUAACAAUCAGUUGAUCCAUGAGAGUGGAAUGGCUUUGGCAAAACCGCUAUAACUAUCUUCUGUUUGCUCUUCAUGUGGGUGGGAGUAUACCGUAGCUACUUGAUGAACAUCUUUUCCGCAUUCAAAAGCAAGCCCUCAAGAGCGCGCGCAGUAUACGCACGGGGACCCAGAGAACAUUUCGCUCGCGGUGGAACUAAACUUGCAGAGUGGACAAGAGAAUAAUUCGUCCACCACGAAGUCGUCUCUAAUAUACGUUCAUUCUAUAUUUGGAGACAACCGGUAUACGUUUGCCUACAACAGGCCUCUGACUGUGCCAGCUCCAGUGGGUGGAGCUACAUUGGGCCCCUCUCUCUGCCCGCUCAGCACUGAUGGGACAGAAUCCUGAAUCCUGGAGGAAUCCUUGACGACCCCUCUUUCUUCCUCUGCCCUCCCCGGCUCUCCCCCUCUUUCUCUCCUCCUCUCCUCUUUCCUUAGACUCUCCUCCUCCCCCGGUCUCUUCUCUCAGUCCUGGGAUCAUUACUCAACCCCACUGAAGAAUGGACCACAGUAGCUGGCAAGGAUGAACUGGGUCUGCCUGCCAAUGUAGAAAGGGAGAUAAGAGGGAGAAAGAGUGAAAGAAAAGCGAGCGAGAGAAAGUUCAAAACCUGUGAGUGAAAGAAGAGGUACAUAUUAAAAAUGCCCUUGAGGGAGAAAAUCGACAACUGCACUUGAGCAGUAUGAGCUAGAAGACCUCAGCAAACCUGCCGACCUGGAUGUGUGGAUCUGUAGACACACAUACACACACACACACGUCUGUCUCAGUCGCAGCAGAAGACGGCUCCUACCCUGCCCUACACUGUGGGGUGUUUUCAGCGUUAUUCCCUGCCUACCAUACCUGUGUUAGGAGUGGUGGAGAGGAAAUUCAUCAACUCUUAGAGGACAGUGGAAGUUGAUAGAAAUGCUUCUUUGUUAAAACCAGCGUGUUUUGGGCCGUAACCUUUUAUCAGGGUUUUAGUAGUGAACAGGUCAGCACCACCAUGCCGGCUAAAGGGAAGUACCUGUUAAAUGACCAGGAGCUGAAACAUGAGGCCCUGUACAGGAAGUUCUCCUGUAUCAGCCAGUACCAGCCUCUGGUGCUGCUACUGGGCCUCUCCAUGCUGUCCUGCGGAGUCCUCAUCAUCCUCUUCUUCGCCCUGCACCUGAGUGCGGAGGAGCACUGUGCAUUUGUCAGCGUGGUGAGCUGCAGCCUGUGUGUGUUCCUGGCUGUGUUUGUGCUGGUGUGUACAGAGACCCUGACCCAGCGCUGGAGGAGACUGCUGGGUCUGGUGGUCUGGGCCACUCACCUCACCAUGGGAUUCACCUUCAUCUUCAGCGGACCCCUCAUCCUGCCCUGGGACCAGGUUCCCUUCUUCCUGUUCAUCAUCUUCACAGUGUACACCAUGCUGCCUUUCCAGAUGUGCUAUGCUGUGGUGCUCAGUGUGAUCUCCUCACUCUCUCACAUCAUGGUCCUCACUCUAAGUCUCACUGUCUUCAACACCCAAGAUCCCAGCCCCUUUCUGGCCAAUCAGCUGCUGUCCAAUGCGGUGGUGUUUCUGUGUGGCAGUGUGGUGGGGGCCUUCCAUAAGGUCCUGAUGGAGAGAGCACUAAGACAGACCUUCCAGGAUACACUCAGAUGUCUGGGCAUCCGCAUGAAGCUGGAGAUAGAAAAGAGACAACAGGAGAACCUGCUGCAGUCUGUGCUGCCGGUCUACAUCUCCAUGAAGAUGAAGCUGGCCAUCAUGGAGCGUCUGCAAGACUGCAAGGACAAAGAAGAGCAGCAACGACUCGUCAAAGACAACAACUUCCACAGUCUCUACGUCAAGAGACACGAGAACGUCAGUAUUCUGUAUGCUGACAUUGUGGGCUUCACCCGAUUGGCCAGCGACUGCUCUCCGAAGGAGCUGGUCAUCAUGCUCAACGAGCUGUUUGGGAAGUUUGACCAGAUUGCAAAGGAGAACGAGUGCAUGAGAAUCAAGAUUUUGGGAGACUGCUACUACUGUGUGUCUGGCCUGCCUGUCUCCCUGCCCAUGCAUGCCAAGAACUGUGUGAAGAUGGGUCUGGACAUGUGUGAGGCCAUCAAACAGGUGCGCGAGGCCACAGGUGUGGACAUCAACAUGAGAGUGGGCGUUCACUCCGGCAAUGUGCUCUGCGGUGUGAUUGGCCUGCGCAAGUGGCAGUUUGACGUUUGGUCACAUGAUGUCACCCUGGCCAAUUAUAUGGAGUCUGGAGGCUUACCUGGGCGUGUCCACAUCACUGAGGCCACCCUGAAGCACCUGAACAAGGCCUAUGAGGUAGAGGAGGGGAAUGGUGGGCUAAGAGAUGCCUACCUGAAGGAGCUCAACAUACAGACAUACCUUGUCAUCGAUCCUCGGUCUAAGGACCAGGCUCUGAACAGCCGCAGCAUGCCCAAGCCACGUGUGAAUGACGGGCUGAAGAUGCGGGCGUCAGUGAGAAUGACCCGUUACCUGGAGUCCUGGGGCGCCGUCAAACCCUUCGCCCACCUACAGAGCAGAGAGGGGUACACCACAGACACCAUGGUCAAUGGAAAAUCACGCUGCAAGGACAUCCCUCUGCGCACAGCUCACUCGAAGAUCACUGAGAGCUUUGAUGAGUCUGUAGAGGAGCCCUUCUCCUCGCCCGCCCCUCCACUCAGCACCUAUAAGAACAAGUCCCAGAAGAGCAAGUUUGAUGAGGAGCUGCACAAUGAGAUGACCACCACCAUCGAUGAGCUCAGCAGCAAGCAGUGGGUGAAGUCUGAGGAGAUUAGCAGUCUGGCUGUGUGGUUCCCUAAGAAAGAGCUGGAGAAACAGUACCGAGCCAUUGAUCUGCCCAUGUUCAAGCACUACAUCGGCUGUGCCACCUUCAUCUUCUUCUGCAUCUUUGUGGUUCAGAUGUUUGUGACAAAAGAUUCCAAAAUGUUGGGAAUGUCAUUUGGAGUGCUGGCCUGUGUCCUCCUGUUGACCUUGGGCAUCUGUUUCGCAGGUCACCUGCAGCGGUUGUUUCCGGAGAAGUUGUCGUCCUGCCAGUGGCUGCCUGCUGUGUCCGAGGCAGUGGUCAAGAGGCCAUGUGUGCGCCUCCCUCUGGUCACUAUCACCACUGCGGUCAUCAUCAUCCUAGCAGUCUUCAACCUGUGCUUCAUCCAGACGAAGUCACCGUGUGAUAUCAAUGGUAACCCUGAUCUGAUUCGAUCUGACAACUCCAGUGAGCAGCAUCCAGGCAGCCUGUUCUACCUGCCGUACUCUGUGUUCAGCUGUAUCCUGGCUCUCAUAGCUUGUGGAGUGUUCCUGAGGGUGAGCUUUGAGCUCAAAGUGGUCUUCCUCACCCUGGCCUCCACAGCCUACUACAUCAUCAUCCUCAGCGCCAAGGCUGGUCUCUUCAGCUGCUAUGGACGCAUGCUUUACAACCAACUCAAUGAAAACAAAACUGAGGACUCUGGGACCAUCCUGAGAUCUUUGGGGCUGGUCAAACACCCUGAGGUGAUGAGCUGCAUUUACAUCACCUUGUUCCUGGUCACCAUGCUCAUCAUCUCACAACAGAAUGAGUCAUGCUUCCGCCAGGACUUCCUUCUGAAGAACAAGAACCGUACGGAGCAGGAUGAGAUCGAGACCAGGGAGAACCUGAACCGCCUGCUCCUGGAGAACGUGCUGCCGGCCCAUGUGGCUGCGCUGUUUGUCGGGGAGAAUAAAAAGAACGAGGUGGGAUUCCUCACAAACACUUUACUUACUGAGAAGUACAAGGAUCUGUACUACAAGUCAUAUGACUGUGUGUGUGUGAUGUUCGCCUCGGUACCGGACUUCAAAGAGUUCUACACGGAGUGUGACAUCAACAAGGAAGGUCUGGAGUGUCUGAGGCUCCUCAACGAGAUCAUAGCAGAUUUUGAUGAGCUGCUGUCCAAGCCCAAGUUCAGUGGAGUUGAGAAGAUCAAGACCAUCGGAAGCACUUAUAUGGCGGCCGCAGGGCUGAGUGGCACCCCAGGACAGGAGAAUAACCAGGAUCGAGAUAGGCAGCAGGCACAGAUAGGGAACAUGGUAGAGUUUGCCAUUGCCCUCAUUGGCAAGCUGGACGGCAUCAACAGACACUCCUUCAACAGUUUUAGGCUGCGUGUGGGCAUUAACCAUGGGCCUGUCAUUGCUGGGGUGAUUGGAGCCAGAAAACCUCAGUAUGACAUCUGGGGCAACACUGUCAACGUGGCCAGUAGGAUGGAGAGCACUGGAGAGCUGGGCAAGAUUCAGGUCACAGAGGAGACGUCGGACGUGCUCCAGAAGCUGGGCUACUCCUGCGAAUGCCGAGGCCUCAUCAAUGUCAAGGGAAAAGGCGAGCUGACAACCUUCUUUGUGUGUACGGACAUGAGCAAGCAGCAGGGAAUGGGCCUGAGCUGAGCACACUACUGUGUGUGUGGACUCUGGGCCUGGUUGCUUAUACGUGUGCUGGGUCGGUCGCAGGACAGUCUAGCAUUCAGCACAGGCUAAUUACACGAACGCACAUAAGUUAACAUUCUUAGAGUAAACCUACCGGAGCACACAAAUAUAAUCCAUCUCAGUGCUUCAGUCAGCGAUGAUCCUGACCAGAACAAGACUUGAAGACAUUACCUUGUGGUCCUAGAGAUUAUAUUUCGGAUUGUUCAUGUUUCCAGGAAUCCCUUUUGGAGAUUCUUUAUUGGAAAUAAAUUCUUACUGCAGCUGACUUGUUUUGGAGAUCCAGUUCCAACGUGUGCAUUCAAUUGACAUGGAGGUUACGUCAAGCACUGGUCGUCGUCAUACUGGAUUCUAUCACCUGAUAUUCCUGGAAUCACGAUGCACAAAAAAAGAUAUUCAGUCCGCUCUUAAAACUGACCUGUUUAUCAAGCAAAUGGUGACCAAAACAAUGGAGUGAGUUCUGCUGCAUGUGGAGUGACAGAAGUGUACUGUUCAUACUCUGUCAUGGUUUUCUAGACCUUAAAAAGGUAGACUAAGCAAAAUUACAUUGUAACGAGCUGCACCGCAGAUAUUGCGAUGCAAGACUUUGCUCACGGGUUCCCUUCAUGCUGUGACAGCAGAGAAGUUUAAACUUGCACUCCAACGCUCUGUGGAAUGGACAGUUUAUAUGGUAUGAAGUGUACUGUUUUCAAAUAAGCUGAUGAAGAAUUAGUGCUAUAUGCACUACAAUCAAUUUGAGUAAAACAAAACAUUCUGGUGACUGUAUGAAAAGUUUAGUUUGACUGAAACAAAACUGAAUUGUCUUGAGAGCCUAACUCAGUGCUGUGCAGUAUACUUCAGCCAUAGUUGUACAUUUAUAGAUUGCAUUGACUAGCCAACAUUAACCUGCAGACAGGCAGCGUAUGCUUUUUGGGAAUCGUUGGUCAAACUAACAUUGUAUUUGGUGUUCUUUGUGUACCUAACUGUCUGUUAAUGUUAUAAUACCGUGAUAAGGCCAUUUUGAAAAGACCACCUGAAAUGUCAGCCUGUUUGGUGGGAUAGAGUUUUGGCCAGGCAGUAAAUUAGCUAAGACCAAUAAGAAAGAGUUCCAAACCGCUAGGCCAAUAACAGCUUGUUUUCAGCUCUCCCCAAUCAGACCAUGGACAGUCCUAGCAAAGAGCAAAUUUAGCUUAGAAGCUGUUUGUUUUAUGGGUAACAAGUAUGUUACUGUUUUCAAUGAAUGAUUUAAAAUGUCUGCAUUGGACCUUUAAGAUACAUUCUUCUCUGUGCCUCAAAACUGACUUGUCCUGUGGCCUUACUCGACAUCUGACUGCCAAACGAAUGUGUCCAUGUUGCUUUCUGAGGAAUAAAUGUGAGUUUGCAUUUUG